AAAUUGAAAAUAUAUAUAAAGAAUCCCAAUAUUAUAAUGAUUAAUUUUAUUAAACAAUAUUAAAAGGUGAAAUACCUUAAAUAGAUAUAAAUGAAUAAGAUCCUUUCAAUAAAUUAUUUUUGGAAGGCUUGAAUACUAGUUUAUAAAAUGGGAUAUCUCAAAAUACGGAAUAAUUAAAUGAAAGAGAAAAAAUAUAUGGACAUAAUCGUAAAGAAAUAAUUGCCUCUUCUUCAUUUUUACAAUUACUUUGGGAGGCUUUAUAAGAUUUAACUUUGAGAAUAUUAAUAGUAGCAGCUAUAGUAUCUAUUGUAAUAGAAGUCGCGACGGCUGAUAGUAAUCAUAGAAGUACAGCUUGGAUUGAAGGUUUUGCAAUUUUAUUAGCUGUUUUUGUAUGUUCAAUAGUAACGGCAGUAAAUGAUUAUAAAAAAGAGAAAUAAUUUUAAUAGUUAAAUUCUGUUACUGCCUCUAAUAUAAUGAUUAGUGUGUAAAGGGAAGGAAAAAAACAAAAUAUUCAUCGAGAUAAUGUACUUGUAGGGGAUAUUAUAUAUGUAAAAGGAGGUAUGGAAAUACCUGCAGAUGGAUUAGUAUUAUAAAGUGUAGAUUUAAAAUGUGAUGAGAGUGUUAUGACUGGAGAGCCAGACCCAGUUAUUAAAUAAAGUAUUAUUAAAUGUAUUUAAAGAAAAUAAGAAAUUAAAAAAUAAAAUCUUACACAUGUUGGAAGACAUGAAAUUCCAACUCCAUUAAUGAUGAGUGGAACUAACAUAAUAGAAGGAGAAGGUAUUAUGCUUGUAAUUGUAGUAGGUCCUAAUUCUACUUAAGGUAAAAUUGAUGAAAUUUUAUUAACUUAAGAUGAUUCGAAAAGUCCUUUAUAAGAAAAAUUAGAAACAAUAGCGGAUCAUAUUGGAUAAUUUGGUUUAUAUUCAGCAAUUGCAAUUUUAAUAAUUUUAUUAAUUAGAUUUACUAUUGAAAGGAUAGAAUAAAAUAAUUGGGAUCAUAGUAAACAUUGGAUGGAACUUAUUACCUUUUUCAUUUUGGGAAUUACAGUGAUAGUGGUGGCUAUUCCAGAAGGCUUACCACUUGCAGUUACCCUUUCAUUAGCUUUUUCGACAUAAAAAAUGCUUAAAGAUAAAAAUUUGGUGAGGAAAAUGUAAGCAUGUGAGACUAUGGGGGGUGCUAAUAAUAUAUGUUCAGAUAAAACGGGUACAUUAACUUAGAAUAUGAUGUAUUUGACUACUUUAUGGAAUUAUGGUGAUAAAUUAAUUGAAUUAAAUACUGAAAAAGAUACUAAAUGCGACUUAGAAAAUUAUAUACCAAAAGAAGCUUAGGAAGUAUUUUUAUUAUGUACAGCUUAAAAUUCAAAUGCAGUUUUAGAACCAAAACCUUAAGGCGAUGCAACUGAAUUGGCAAUUAUUAAAUUUUUAAAUAAAUGCAAUAUUGAUUUCGAAUAGUUUAGAAAAAAAAAUAAAGAACUUUAAUAUUUUCCGUUUUCUUCUUAAAGAAAAAGAAUGAGUAAAAUUGUUGAAAUUUAAGAUUAACAAAGAUUAUUAAUAAAAGGAGCUUCUGAAUUAAUAACUGGAGGAUGUAAUAAAAUUUAUGUAUGGGAGAAUAAUACUAUAGUAGAUAUUGAUAAUAAUAUAAAAUAAUAAAUAGAUAAAGCUAUUGUUUCCAUGGCAGAAAAAGCAUUAAGAACAAUUGGAAUAGCGUAUAAAUAAGUUUAUCCUGAUAGUGAUUAUGAAAGUAUAGAUAACAUGAAUGUAAGAUUAAUAGAAAAAGAAGAACUUAUUUUAGUAGGUAUAUUAGGAAUUGAAGAUAUAUUAAGACCAGAAGUACCUUAAGCAAUUUAAGAUUCUAGUAUAAAAGUAAGAAUGGUAACUGGAGAUAAUAAAAUAACUGCAAGAGCUAUUGCUAAAAAAUGUGGAAUCAUAAAUGAUGAAACUGGAUACAAUUAAGUUUUGGAAGGAAAAGAAUUUAUACUAUUAACAGGCGGUAUUGUAUGCAAAAAAUGUAGGAUUUUAGUAUGUAAUUGUCCUCGUGAUAAAUAAACUGCUGAGAAAACAAAAAAAUCUCUUAGAGUAGAUACAGUCAAAAACUAGGAAAAAUUUCGUUAAAUUUAUCCUAAUUUAGCUGUUAUGGCUAGAUCUGCCCCUGAAGAUAAAUAUACUUUAGUUGUAGGACUUAUGGAAAACGGGAACGUAGUAGCUGUCACAGGAGAUGGUUCUAAUGAUGCACCAGCUUUGAAAAAAGCCGAUGUAGGAUUUGCUAUGGGAAUAGCAGGUACUUAAGUUGCCAAAAAUGCUGCAGAUAUAAUUCUUACAGAUGAUAAUUUUAGUUCUAUAAUAAAAGCAGUACUAUGGGGAAGAAAUAUAUAUGAUUGUAUCAGGAAAUUUUUACAGUUUUAACUUACAGUUAAUAUAGUAGCUGUAGCUGUUACAUUAGUAGGAGGAGCAGUCAUUAAAUAAGAAUUAUUAUAACCUAUACAGAUGUUAUGGGUAAAUUUAAUUAUGGAUACAUUUGCUUCAUUAGCUUUAGCGACAGAACCGCCUUAAUAAUAACUAAUAUUAAGAGCCCCACACUAAAGAGAAGAUUAUAUUAUUUCGAGGAAAAUGUUUAAGCAUAUUAUCAUGUAGGCUUUAUAUUAAUUAACAGUACUUUUUAUUAUAGCUUUUGCAGGUGAAAUGUUUUUACCAGAAUAUAAGGAUGAUUUCGAUAAUUCAACAGACUCAAAAUAUGUCAAUUAUGUUAAUUAAUAUAAAUAUAGUGAUCCAGAAAAAAAAUUGAUGCAUAGUGGAAGAUUAAGAUCUUAUGAUGGAAAAGAAGAUGAUUAUAGUAAAGAUUUUGCAUAUAAUGAUAUUACUCCUAGUAGACAUUUUACUUUUCUUUUUAAUACUUUUGUAAUGUUAUAAUUUUUUAAUUUUCUUAAUGCAAGAAAAAUUAAUGAUGAGAUUAAUGUUUUUAAUCAUAUUUUUAGCAAUUCUAUAUUUUUUUAUAUAUUAAUAAUUAUUAUUGGAUUUUAGAUUAUCUUCGUUUAGUUCGGAGGAAAAGCUUUGGCAUGUUAUAAAUAUGGACUUACUAUUGAAUAGUAUUUUAUUAGUAUAGCUUUUGGUUUUGGAUGCAUGUUUUGGUCGAUUUUAAUUAAAUUGGUACCAGAUAAAUGGCUUCCAUAAAUUGGAAAAGAAUAAACUUAAAUAAAUAUGAAUAAAAAAGGAAGCGUUUUAAAUAUGAAAAGAGGAAAGUCUUUCGAAAAAAAAAUUUCGGUUUUCUCUUCUGCAAAAAGAGGAAGUUAAUUUGUUAAUUAAAGGGAUGUUAACACUUUAAAUUAUUAAAAUAAUGGAGCUAUUGUAAUUGAAUAAAAUUAAAUUAAUAUUGAAUAGGCAGGACCUGUCGAAUGA